AGCUGGGCCCGGUGCUCCUCCGAUGCGAGGGCCAGGAGACAGCCGGGCCGGGCCGGGGCACUGGGCCGAAGGUGGGCCCGGAGUCAGGCUGGCCUGGGUGCCGAUUGUGGCUCUGCCAGCGUGAGUGGCCUUGAGCAAGUCCCUGUGCCCUCGUGGUCUGUUUUCUGUCUUGGGGAUGCUAGGUGAUGUGGGCUUGUGAGGAGUCGACCAGUUGAUGGAGUCCAGUGCCUAUAGCCAGGGAGUUUCAUGCCUGCCUGUCCCACACCUGCUUGAGGUGGGGGCACAGAGAGUAAGACCCCUAGAGGACCCUGCUACCCCUCCAGUAUCUGGACAUCCCUCUGUGCUCCCAUGUACACGGGUCUUGGGGUCCAGCCAGCGGCGGCCGGACACUGAGGCAGGCAGGCUGGAGUAGGCACGGGCAGCGUUCCGCCGGCCCUCUGGGGUGGCCGCGGACCUGCAGCCGCUCCCAGUGGGGGUGAGACCUCGCCAAGGAAGGAAGGAGAAGCCAGGCCAGCCUCCAAGUGCAGACAGGACUCCCAUUCCCCAGGCACCUGUCCCCAGGGCCCAGGCCAGGACUGUUUUGGGUGCCUUGUUUUCUCUGGGCCCCCAGGCUAGGGAGAGGGGACACCAGGGAGUAGGAGCUGGUGGCUGGGAGUUGGUGAGAGUGUUGCCGGAGGGAGGGCUUGUCUAGGUGGGAGACGUGCGGCUGGUACCAGUCAUCCCAGUAACUACGGUUUACUGACUCCCUCUGGGCCUGGCGCUUGCUGGGUGCUUCACAAUCGCUGCACCAAGAGAGCAGGCUCCGAGACGGACAGCGCCGGGCUUGGGGUCACACAGCCUGUGAAGGCUUGGGCUGUUGACCCCCAGCUCGGGGCUGUGCUUUGCCGUUUUGUUUUCUGAGUGUAGGAAGAGACAACUGUGCUGGGAGUUCCGGGGGGGCAGUUGGAAAGCUGGAAGGUCCUCCGACAGAGCCCCCUGUGCGCUAGGCAGAGCCAGGUUAGCCGAGGCUCCCCAGGCUGGGCCUGUCCCAUGGGGGCUUGCCUAAUCGCACUGGGAACAGGGGCACACGUUUAUGUGUGUGGUUGUGGGGGGUGCAAAUGUCCUGGCGUUGGCUUGCCUGGACAGGCCCCCAACUUGUUGAGACUUGCGGAGGAGCAGGGCGGGGGGCCCGGAGUGGCCCCUAGCACAGGCGACAGUGCGGAGCUAGUGUUCCCAGGUUUUCAGGGGGUGCAGAGGUGGGGGCUGGCCCAAGUGCCCUGUUGCUGUGGGUGACGGGGCCUCGAGCCAGCCCUCCUCCAGUUUAGUCCUCUCUCAUCUUUUGGCCACUGGCUCAGUGCCAGGCCCCCGGGGGACUAUCUCUUAAAUGCCAGCUUCUGACCGACAAUGAAGCGGGCGCGGCACCCCCUCAUUGGCAGGGGAAGAAAAGGAGAGAUGGGAGGUGGCAGGUUUCUCUUCUGCUGAGACACAGCUGCUGCAGCUGAGGCUGCCUUGGUCCAGAAGAUUCCCUCGUGUGGCUGGGCAGUCCCCUGAACAGCACCCUGAGGGAGCCGGGCGUCUCGCUUUUCUGGGUGUGAGGUGGUGUGAGUGAGGCGCCCCACCUGCAGGCAGGGUUUGGGUGAGAGUGCCCACCAGGCCUGUCCUGGGGCGUGGGCUCCCAGAGGACAUCAGAGCCUGGAGAUCUCCCAUGACAGAUGCAGAAGCAGGCCCAAAGUUGGGGCUUGAUAGGGUCAGUGGUGGAGCUGGGUUAAGGGCCUUGGUCCAGGGCUCUGCAGUCCUGUGACAUUCUGUCCCUUCUGCCCUUGUUCCCGUGGUGCAGGUGGCAGGGCCAGACCUUGUGGCCAUAACUGUUACAUGUGGGCUGUUUGGAGGCCCGUCAGUGAGGUUGUUCUGGCCCUUUCUUUCUUUCUUUUUUUUUUUUUUUGUUCUGGCCCUUUCAAUCCUAUGCCAUCCCUGGGAAAAGGUAGUGGAGGCAAGGUCAGGAUCUGUGUCCUGUUGACUGCAUGUAGGGAAACUGAGGCAGGGGCUCCCCGUGGCCUCCUCUCAGGUCAGAAGGAGAACUUCAUGGUCCCUGUGGAGGCCCCCUCCAUCUUCCUGUCCCUGAGGAGCAGCUGUUGGGCAAGGCAGCUGGGAAUGGGAAGGAAGGCGUGGCCACGCCCCCUGGGCUCCCCCAGUGUCCAUGGCAACCUGGACCCAGUGAAUGAAUGGCGGGGGUAGUAGGCAGCGGUUGCUAAGGGAGACAGUAAACUUCUUUCAUCCUUAGCUUGGUGACCCCCCUCUUUCGCUUUUGAAUUACAAGUUAAACUGAAAGGCUGUUUUGUGAGGGGUUAAGUUUGUGCGAAGGGGCGAGGUGUGGCCGGAGGUGGCCAGGGCCUGGCUGUGAGCUGUGGUGAGAGCCGGUGGAACACCCUGCGACUGCCUGAACCCCCCCAAAAUCACAGCAAAUAGUGCCCGCUUCACACAGAUGUGCAAACACACAGAGCAGGGGCCCCGAUCAGACCCCACCUGGACACACAGAGAUGUCACCUGGAAACACAAGUCCCCCAUCGUGAUACACACUGAUUCGUGGACCACCCAGACGCACAGCCACACCACCGAACUGCCCUGUCCCGCAGACAGCACAAUGCAUGGCCUCCCGUCUCGUGGACACACAGAGCCAGACAGAGCUGGAGCAGGCUGUGCAGCUGGAGUCUGGGGAGCUGGAAGCGCCCGAGCCCAGGGGGCUGGUGCGGCAGAGCGUGGAGCUGCGGAGGCAGCUGCAGGAGGAGCAGGCCUCCUACCGGCGCAAGCUGCAGGCCUACCAGGAGGGCCAGCAGCGGCAGGCCCAGCUUGUGCAGCGGCUGCAGGCCAAGACCCUCCAGUACAGGAAGAAGUGCUCGGAGCUGGAGCAGCAGCUGGUGGAGAGAUCCACAGAGCUGGAGCAGCAGCGGCUGAGGGACACGGAGCACAGCCAUGACCUGGAGAGCGCCCUUGUCCGCCUGGAGGAGGAGCAGCAGAGGAGUGCCAGCCUGGCCCAGGUGAACUCCAUGCUCCGAGAGCAGCUGGACCAGGCGAACUCAGCCAACCAGGCUCUGAGCGAGGACAUACGCAAGGUGACCGCCGACUGGACACGCUGUCGGAAGGAGCUGGAGCAGCGGGAGGCGGCGUGGAGGCGUGAGGAAGAGUCCUUCAACACCUACUUCAGCAAUGAGCACAGCCGUCUGCUCCUCCUCUGGAGGCAGGUUGUGGGGGUCCGACGGCUGGUCAGCGAGGUGAAGAUGUCCACCGAGAGAGACCUGCUGCAUUUGGGAGGGGAGCUGGCCCGGACCUCAAGAGCCAUCCAGGAGGCGGACCUGGGGCUGAGCACCCGCCUGCAGCUGGCUGAGAGCCGGGCCGAGGCGGCCCUGGAGAAGCAGGCGCUGCUGCAGCUACAGCUGGACGAGCAGCUGCGGGACAAGGUGCUCCAGGAGAAGGAGCUGGCCCAGCUGCAGGUGCAGAGCAACCUGGACAAGGCCAAUCUCAGUGCCAGAGUGACCGAGCUGGCCCUGACGGUGGAGCGCCUUCAGAACCAGAAUCUGGAGAAGGAUCGGGUCAACAAGGCCCUGAGCGAGAAGCUUGAGGCCCUGGAAUCCCUGCGGCUCCAGGAGCAGGCGGCCCUGGAGACAGAGGACGGAGAGGGUUUGCAGCAGACCCUGAGGGACCUGGCACAGGCGGUGCUGUCGGACAUGGAGAGUGGGGUCCAGCUAAGCGGCUCUGAGCGCACGGCGGAUGCAUCGGACGGCAGCCUGCGGGGGCUCUCGGGCCCCAGGACCCCCUCCCCGCCGCGGCGUUCGUCGCCGGCCCGCGGCCGAUCCCCACGCCGAGGCCCAUCCCCAGCCUGCUCCGACUCCUCCACACUCGCCCUGAUCCACUCGGCCCUGCACAAGCGCCAGCUGCAGAUUCAGGACAUCCGAGGGCGCUAUGAGGCCAGCCAGGACCUCCUGGGCACCCUGCGGAAGCAGCUCAGUGACAGCGAGAGUGAGCGCCGCGGCCUGGAGGAGCAGCUGCAGCGUCUGCGGGACGAGACCAGCGGGGCCACCCAGGCUCACGAGGAUGCCCAGCGUGAGGCCCAGCGUCUGCGGAGCACCGUGGACCUUCUGAGCAGGGAGAAGGACAGCCUGGCCUGCAGCCUGCAGGCAGCCCAGCAGCAGGCCGAGGAGCUGCGGCAGGAGCGGGAGAAGCUGCAGGCGGCCCAGGAGGAGCUGAGGCGCCAGCGGGACCGGCUGGAGGAGGAGCGGGAGGACACCGCGCAGGACAGCACGCGGGCGCGCAGGGAGCUGGAGCGCAGCCACAGACAGCUAGAGCAGCUGGAAGGGAAGCGCUCGGGGCUGGCGAAGGAGCUGGUGGCCGUGAGGGAAGCGCUGAGCUCUGCCACGCUGCAGCGGGACAUGCUGCAGGCGGAGAAGGCCGAGGUGGCCGAGGCGCUGACCAAGGCGGAGGCCGGCCGCGUGGAGCUCGAGCUCUCGGUGACCAAGCUGAGAGUAGAGGAGGCCUCGCUCCGGGACUCCUUGUCCAAGCUGAGCGCCCUCAACGAGAGCCUCGCACAGGACAAGCUGGGUCUGAACCGCCUUGUCGCCCAGCUCGAAGAGGAGAAGGCCGCCCUGUUGGGCCGGCAGCGGCAGGUGGAGCAGGAGGCCUCCUUGGCGAGGGAGCAGCAGGAGCGGCUGGAGCAGCUGCGGCUGGAGCAGGAGGUGGAGCAGCAGGGCCUGGAGGGCUCCCUGCGGGUGGCGGAGCAGGCCCGGGAGGCCCUGGAGUUCCAGCUUCCCUCGCUGCGCCAGGAGCGCUGCCGGCUGCAGGAGCAGCUGGCCCAGCUCUCCCGGCAGCUGAGCGGGCGGGAGCACGAGCUGGAGCAGGCACGGAGGGAGACCCAGCGGCAGGUGGAGGCGCUGGAGAGGGCGGCCCGGGAGAAGGAGGCGCUAGCCAAGGAGCGGGCUGGCCUGGCGGUGCAGCUGGCAGCAGCUGAGCGAGAAGGCCGGACCCUUUCGGAGGAGGCCACUCGCUUACGCCUGGAGAAGGAAGCCCUGGAGAGUAGCCUGUUUGAGGUGCAGCGGCAGCUGGCGCAGCUUGAGGCCCGCCGGGAGCAGCUGGAAGCUGACGGCCAGGCCCUGCUGCUGGCCAAGGAAGCCCUGACUGGGGAGCUGGCAGGCCUACGGCAACAGAUGACAAUUACAGAGCAGAAGGCAGCUCUGGACAAGGAGCUGAUGGCACAGAAGCUGGUGCAGGCUGAGCGGGAGGCCCAGGCUUCUCUCCGGGAGCAGCGGACGGCCCACGAGGAGGACUUGCAACGACUUCAGCGCGAGAAGGAGGCAGCCUGGCGGGAGCUGGAGGCCGAGCGGGCCCAGCUGCAGAACCAGCUGCAGCGGGAGCGGGAGGAGCUGCUGGCGCGGCUGGAGGCGGAGAAGGAGGAGCUGAGCGAAGAGAUCGCGGCCCUGCAGCAGGAGCGGGACGAGGGCCUCCUCCUGGCCGAGAGCGAGAAGCAGCAGGCCCUGUCCCUGAAGGAGUCCGAGAAGACGGCACUGUCAGAGAAGCUGCUGGGCACGCAGCACAGCCUGGCCGCCAUCUCCCUGGAGAUGGAGCGGCAGAAGAGAGAUGCUCAGAGCCGGCAGGAGCAGGACCGGGUAGGGCAGGCCAGGCAGAGUACCGUGAAUGCCCUGACGUCCGAGCUGCGGGACCUGCGGGCCGAGCUGGAGGAGGCCACUGCCGCCCAUGCCCAGGAGGCCAAGAGGCUACAAGAACAGGCCCGAAACCUGGAAAGGCAGCGGGAAUCCUCAGCGCGCGAGGCAGAAGAGCUGCGGACGCAGCUGCGCCUGCUGGAGGAUGCCCGGGAUGGGCUGCGGCGGGAGCUGCUGGAGGCCCAGCGCAAGGUGCGCGAGGGGCAGGAUGGCCGCGAGGCCCAGCGCCAGGAGGCCAGCGAGCUGCGGCGCAGCCUGAGCGAGGGCGUCCAGGAGCGCGAGGCCCUGCGGCGGUCCAACGAGGAGCUGCGGGCCGCCGUGAAGAAGGCCGAGAGCGAGCGGAUCAGCCUGAAGCUUGCCAACGAGGACAAGGAGCAGAAGCUGGCACUGCUCGCGGACGCGCGGGUGGCCGUGGGCAAGGAGGCCGAGGAGCUGCGGGCCGGGCUGCAGGAGGUGGAGCGCUCCCGGCUGGAGGCCCGCAGGGAGCUGCAGGAGCUCCGGCGGCAGAUGAAGAUGCUGGACAGUGAGAACGCCAGGCUGGGCCGGGAGCUGGUGGAGUUGCAGGGUCGCCUGACGCUGGGCGAGCAGGCAGAAAAGGAGGGCCGGCGGGAGGCCCUGGGCCUCCGACAGAAGCUACUGAAGGGCGAGGCCAACUUGGAGGCCAUGCGGCAGGAGGUCCAGGGGGCCCAGAGGAAGCUGCAGGAGCAAGAGGGCGAGUUCCGGGCCCGAGAGCGAGGCCUGCUGGGCUCCCUGGAGGAGGCGCGCAGCGCUGAAAAGCAGCAGCUGGACCACGCCCGCAGCCUGGAGCUGAAGCUGGAGGCGGCGCGGGCCGAGUCCGCGGAGCUGGGGCUGCGGCUAAGCGCGGCGGAAGGUCGGGCUCAAGGCUUGGAGGCCGAGCUGGCCCGCGUGGAGGCGCAGCGGCGCGCAGCCGAGGCCCAGCUGGGCAGCCUGCGCUCAGCUCUGCGCCGGGGCCUGGGCCUUGGGCGCUCCCCCAGCCCAGCCCCGGUACCCUCGCCCGGCUCCCCGGCCCGGAGUGCGCCGGCUGGAGGAAGUGGCGAAGGGCUCUACAGCCCCAGCCCCUUGGAACACAGCCCUGGGUCUGAGCCACCAUCCCCAGGACCUGCCACCUCCCCGGCAUCCCCAGACCUGGACCCUGAGGCUGUGCGGGGGGCCCUCCGGGAUUUCCUGCAGGAGCUACGGAGUGCGCAGAGACAACGGGAUGAGCUUCAGGCCCAGAUGAGCACCCUGAGUCGCCAGCUGGCCGAGAUGGAGGCCGAGAGGGACAACGCGACGUCACGGGUGAGGCAGCUGCAGAAGGCUGUGGCCGAGAGUGAAGAAGCCCGGCGAGGUGUGGACGGCCGGCUGAGCAGGGCACAGGCACAGCUGGCGGAGCAGGAGGAGAGUGUGCGGCGCAGCGAGCGGGAGCGCCGGGCCGCCCUGGACCAGGUGGCUGCCCUGGAGAGGAGCCUGCAGGCCACGGAGAGUGAGCUCCGGGCCAGCCAGGAGAAGAUCAGCAAGAUGAAGGCCAAUGAGGUGAAGCUGGAGAGCGACAAGCGGCGCCUGAAGGAGGUGCUGGACGCCUCCGAGAGCCGCACCAUCAAGCUGGAGCUGCAGCGGCGCUCGCUCGAGGGGGAGCUGCAGCGCAGCCGCCUGGGCCUGAGUGACCGUGAGGCCCAGGCCCAGGCCCUGCAGGACCGGGUAGACUCCCUGCAGAGACAGGUGGCAGACAGUGAGGUGAAGGCAGGGACCCUGCAGCUGACAGUGGAUCGGCUGAGUGGGGCUCUGGUCAAGGUGGAGGAGAGCGAGGGGGCCUUGCGUAACAAGGUGCAGGGCCUGACCGAAGCCUUGGCCCAGAAUAAUGCCAGCCUUACCAGCACCCAGGACAAGAAUCUGCACCUGCAGAAGGCCCUCACUGCUUGCGAACAUGACCGCCAAGUGCUCCAAGAACGGCUGGAAGCCGCCCGUCAGGCGUUAUCCGAGGCACGCAAGCAGAGCAGCUCCCUGGCCGAGCAGGUGCAGACGAUGCGGGGCGAGCUGGCGGACCUGGAGCUGCAGCGGGCGGAGGCGGAGGGCCAGCUGCAACAGCUCCAGGAGGUGUUGCGGCAGCGCCAGGAGGCUGAGGCUGCGGCCCUGCACACGGUCCAGAAGCUGCGGGACGAGCGGCGGCUACUGCAGGAGCGCCUGGACGGCCUGCAGGGCGCCCUCGGCCAGCUGGAGGUCGAGAAGCGGGAGGUGGAGCGGUCAGCGCUGCGCCUGGAGAAGGACCGCCUGGCCCUCAAGAGGAUGCUGGACAAGGUGGAGCGCGAGAAGCUUCGUAGCCACGAGGACACAGUGCGGCUGAAUGCGGAGAGGGGCCGCCUGGACCGCACGCUCACGGGGGCCGAGCUGGAGCUGGCUGAGGCCCAGAAGCAGAUCCAGCUGCUGGAGGCCCAGGUGGGAGCCCUGGAGGCCCAGAGCCCGGCCCGGCUGGAGGCCGAGGAGCAGCAGCAGCGGGAGCUGCAGCAGGAGGUGGAGCGCCUGCGCAGUGCCCAGGUGCAGACAGAGCGCACGCUGGAGGCGCGGGAGCGGGCCCACCGGCAGCGGGUGCGGGGCCUGGAGGAGCAGGUGUCCACACUGAAGGGACAGUUGGAACAGGAAUUUCGGAGGAGCUCAGCAUCCUUCUCCCCCAUGUCCGGCCCCGCGGGGGAAUGAGCCCCUUCCUGGUUGGCAUCCUAGAGGACAGCCGCAGCCGGGGCAGGGCCGCAGCCCCCAUCUGCAGGGUCCGCUCAGGCCCCCGGCCUGCCAGGCCACCAGAGCUUGGUGGGGGGUGGGGAGGAGCCAGGUGGCAGCGCUGAGGGCCAAAGGCUGGGGACUCGAGGAGCAGCUUUAUGGCCUCACCCGUGGGUCCCACCUCAGUUUGGUCCCUCCCCUGGGAUGAGCCUCCAGGUCCUGGCAGAGCCUCUCUGAGUGGCUGAGCCGAAGCCCGGGGUAAAGGAGACCCCCUCUUGCCUUUGGCUGGCCCUGGGGCAUGGGCUCAUGGGCAAGAGGAGGGGAGCCUGGGCUCCCCCAGCUUUCCCGAGCUCUCUCUGCCUUAGUUCCGAGUGUUUGUCAGGAAAUUCCUCAGAGUUCAGAGUCCCUGUAUUUUUAUACCUUUUUACAGUGUUAACGGUUCAGAACUAUUGUGUUUUUUUGUAGCAAGGAGACCUCAUUUUCUAAAAACGGUUUGUGUAGACGUGUCUCUUCACUUCUGCACCUGAGAGACUGGAGGGGCCAGGAGGGGGACACCGGGGCCUGGGCCAGGAGGGAUGAGGCCCCUGGCCAGGGGUACACAGGGAGAAGGGGAGGCUUGAGAAGGGCUGUGGCACUUCCCAGCCUCCCAGGCUGUCGGCCUGGGGACGGCUCUGGGGUCCUGUGCCACCCGUCCCAGGCAACAAAUGCGGCUGUGACCCAAACUACGCUCCUUCCAGCCACAGUGCUGUGGCCCCUCCUCAGGACGGGGUCCCCGGACACAGGCAGGCAGUCCAGACAGUGCAGGCCUGGGAGAAACCAUGGGGUCUUGUCCUGGCUCCAGCAAGUGAGCCUGGCGAAGCCGUACAACCUCUCGGAGGCUCGGUUUGCUUGUGUGUAAAAUGGGCACACACCUUGCAGGGGGGUCAUGAGGAGGUUCGUGUGCGAGGCACUCGGGGUCGGCAAGAGACAUUCCUCUCCUCCCUGGAGGCCAGUGGAGUCAGGCUCUGCCCCAGCUCUGCCACCUCCAGCUGUGGACCCUGGGUGGGUCACUGAUGCCCCUGGGCUUCUGGUCUGUUGGACAGAGACAUUACCAGGCCCCACCACGCAGGCCUGUUGGGAGGGUGUGCUGGUCAGACAGGGGGAGCCGGGUCCUCGUGUGCUGGUCAGAGGGAGGCAUUCUAAGGCCUUGGCCUACUUCUACCCUCUAACCAUCAGCCUUCCCCGCCCAAAGGUGGGUCUGAGUCCACCUACCUUGACCUCCUGCUUUAUAUCCUAGACGUACCUUUAUGCUUGCAUGUGGGAACUCAAGCCCUCACCAAGCAGCCUAGAC